GCUCUUCGCCGCAUCUCGAAAGAGGAUGUUCAUAAUAUAACAAGCGGUCAGGUCAUCACAGACUUAAACAAUAUUGUGAAAGAACUGGUUGAAAAUUCCAUUGAUGCAAACUCUACUUCCAUAAAUGUUACGUUCAAGAAGUUAGGUUCAGAGGGACUUGAAGUUUCGGAUAAUGGGGAUGGUAUUAAAGUAGAGGACUUUCCGAACUUAUGCCGCAAAAAUUAUACAUCAAAGCUUGAAAAUUUUGAAAAAUUGAUAGAUGUGAAAACUCUAGGUUUCAGAGGAGAAGCAUUAAACUCGAUAUGUAACGUUUCUCAAGUUUCAAUCCUAACUGCUGAAGCAAGUAAAGCUCCAAGAGGCUAUGAUUUGACUUUUGAUAAGGAAGGAGACCUUGUUGCCCAAAAACUAAUUAAUCAGAGCAAAGGAACUACAAUCAAAAUCAAUGAUAUUUUCAAGAACUUGCCUGUUAGAAGAUUGCAUCUGGAGAAACAUUCCCGGAAAGAAUUUCAAAAAUGUUUACAAACACUCAUGUCGUAUCUUUUGAUUUUGACAAACAUUCGUAUAAUUGUCUACAAUGUCGACGCUUCUGGAAAAAAGAAGAUCAUGAUGAAAACUGCCGGGAAUUCUUUUUUAAAAGAUAAUAUCAUUAAUGUUUACGGAGCUACGGGAUUACAAGGCUUGGAAGAAAUAGAUCUGAAAAUAGAUUUGGAUGAAAAAUACAGUAUCAAAAUAACUGGUCUGCUGUCAAAUUCCUCCAUAGGAAGUGGGAGGUUAUCUAAAGACAGACAAUAUCUGUAUAUAAAUCAAAGGCCCGUUGAAUUCAAAAAGAUCAUGAAAUUGGUGAAUGACGUCUACAAAAAAUUCAAUUAUUUACAAUACCCUAUGGUUCUUUUGAACCUUGAAAUACAUGAACACUUAAUUGACAUUAAUGUAACUCCAGAUAAAAAGACAAUAUUAAUGUCCAACAAGUAUGAGAUGAUU